CCUCACUCGGUUUUCGUUGUUCUCCUGGCUUUGUCUUUUGGCAAACACCCUCGAAUCGAACAUUUAUUUGCUGACUCAGACCGCGCUCCUUCUUGCAUCGCACCAAUUUCCAAUCCCUAAAUAUGCCUCCUACAAUUCUUGUCGCUGGCGCCACUGGCAACACCGGCCGAGGCGUUGUUGAAACCUUGUCAGACCUUCUGAAAACCUCGACCAACUUCUCCCGACACAGGAUUCUUGCCCUGACACGUUCCUCAUCCGGAACCGUGGCAAAACAGCUUGCUGAACUACCCAGCGUCGAAGUGGUGGAAAAGAAUUGGGCAGAUAUCACCCCCGAGUGGCUCCAGCAGAACAACGUCGUGAGAGCUUUCAUUGCUUCACACGUGCACCCUGGUCAAUUCGCCGAAGAAUCGGCAUUUCACCUAGCCGCGUUGACAGCAGGCGUUGAAUAUGUUGUCCGAAUCUCAACAACUGCCGCAAACGUGCGUCCGGACUGCCCUGCAUUUUAUCCAAGGGCACAUUGGGCGCUUGAGACCCUGCUGGGCUCGCCUGAGUUCCAAGGUCUCCGGUGGACCUCGCUGCAGCCCAACGUUUUUACGCAGCUGUACCUCUACCCUGCUGCGGAGCUGAUCAAGAAUUUCCGCAAGACUGGCAGGCAGGACACUCUGAAGCUCAUGGCUUCAGAAGAUGCGCCCGUUGCUAGCAUUGAUCCGUACGAGGUCGGAAUUCUCGCAGCUCGACUCCUGACUCAAGUUGAUGUUACGCCUCAUCAUGGAGCGAAAUACGUCUUGAACGGACCGGAAGAUAUUACCGGGCGGCAGAUUGUAACAAUGGUUGAGCAGUGCAUUGGAACAAAACUUGAAGAUGUUCGAUUUCAGGAUUUGUCUUUCAUCGACCAACAGGCAGCGCAGGCUCAGGAGUCAAAGAGUCUCAUUCUCUCAAUCAAACGUGCUCUGGAAACAGCUUGGGAAGGGAAGUGCACGGCUUCUACGACAAGCAAGGAGGUCUUUCAGAUUUUUGCUCCGAAACGUGCGCCUGACGAGAUUUUCAAGGAGAUGCUGGAGGACUAGGAAUCUAUCUGCCUUUCCGAGGUCUGUUUUGUAUUCCAUUUUCUAAAUAGGAACACCGCAAGAUGAGAAACAGGUAAUAGCCUGUCUGAGAGGCAGUCUAUUAUUGUACAAAAGCGGACAGUUUUUGUAUUGAUAUUCAAUCUGUAUAUCUUGCCUUCAUUUUUCG